CUCGUCAUCUUCUUAACUGAAAGUCAGAUGAUAUCUGUCUCUGAGUGUCUGGUACAAUUUUUUUCCUUUGCAGUCAGUUUAACCACAGAAAGUUUUCUCCUGGCAACAAUGGCAUAUGAUCGCUAUGUAGCCAUAUGCAAGCCUUUACUUUACCCAGUGAUUAUGAACAAUGCACUGUGCAUCCGGCUAGUAGUCUUGUGUUUUGUAGGUGGCUUUCUUCAUGCUGUAGUUCAUGAAGGAUUUUUGUUCAGAUUAACCUUCUGUAAUUCCAACAUAAUACAUCACUUUUACUGUGACAUUAUGCCACUGUUGAAGAUUUCUUGUACUGACUCUUCUAUUAAUUAUCGACUGGUUUUUAUUUUUGCAGGUUCUAUUCAAGCAUUAACUAUUGGAACAGUUCUUAUCUCUUAUACAUUUGUUCUCUUUACAAUCUUAAAAAAGAAGUCUCUCAAAGGCAUAAGGAAAGCCUUUUCCACCUGUGGAGCUCAUCUCCUAUCUGUGUCUUUAUACUAUGGCCCUCUCCUCUUUAUGUAUGUGCUUCCCGCAUCUCCACAAGUUAGUGAUCAAGAUAUGAUAGACUCUCUGUUUUACACUGUUAUAAUUCCUUUUUUAAAUCCCAUUAUCUAUAGCCUGAGGAAUAAGCAAGUCAUAGACUCAUUGAAAAAAGCAUUAGGGGGAAAAGUUUAG